AACAAAAGCUACCAGCUAACAUCCGAUAAAUUUUUUACACUUUUGAUCCAACAUAGACCGGGAAACAGCAGAACAACCCGCUGCGAAUUAGCAUGGAAAAUAGGGCCUUAUUACGAUUAUUACUCCUGGCAGUCGGUUUACAUUUAAUAUGGAAUUUCGCAGCAGGGCAAAGUGCUUUGCCUGCAUUCGAGGGGCAGCCGGUAAGCGAAGCGGAAUGCAACACCUUACCGAGGAACAACUGCUGGAAAGGAAUGGCAAAUUGCCGCGAAUCGUAUGCACGGAUGACCAAAGUGAAUACCAGUGUUAAGGGUCUUGAAUGCUACCACAAUGCAACAGAUCAGGAAGUUUUGGACACAGCCACAAGCAUUUCCCGUGCAAACCCAAACCGAGCAGUCAGAGUGUUUUACAGCGAAGUGUUCGAUUCUUUCAAACUGUCUCCUGAAACUGUCGAUCCCAUUAAGAAACAAGUCAUUGAGUUGUAUCUGAUGAACUGUAAAGACCAGUCAACAACAUACCGCAUUGGCGCACUACCCUUAUCGAACCUUUUGUACUUACAAAUCUCCAGCUGCAAGGACGGUUUGGUGGUCAAAAAAAGCGACUUUGCGCCCUUCACACAUCUGAGAAGCCUGGACUUCUUCCUGACAUCCAUCGCGUCCAUCGAGCCUGAUACGUUUAAGAAUCUUCCCGAACUAAGGUCGCUCGCGUUGGAGAACCGGCUUGGUGCGAAUGCCUUACGGGGAAGUAAUGCUUCAGAUUCGGAUUUAAAUGUAGCGGCCGUCCGCAAGAUCCAUUGUGAUUGCGACUACGCCUGGCUGCGCAACUGGCUGGACGCCCAUCCUUAUCUGCUCAGUGAUCGGGACGAAGGUGAACUGUACGUUAUCGGCAACCGUCUGAGUAACCGCGUAUUCAGAUCGACAGCUUUCUAUGCCGUUGACUGCGCUUCGCCGACAUUGUUUAUCGAGCAGGGAGAGUUUAAAGACAGAACCGGUCUCAGAUUUUCUGUUAACGCUCAUUGCAAAUAAGGUCAGAAACUUGGAAUAUGGUAUAUUGACCUUACGUGUACUCAUACCUGGUACGAUUUAACGUUAACAGUUUCUCGUUAUCGAUACUAUUAAACGAAAAAUUAAUAAAGCU